CUGCGCACGUUUUAGGAAUAGGGCUUACUAUAAAUAAGUAGCAAAAUCGUCAGGGCCGUCUCUACCUGACACUCUUCUCCUCCACCGCUGCUGCGGCGUACAGCUCCAAUGUCGGCUGCGACCUCCUUCUCUCCCGCCCUAGCUCCAUCUCCGUCUCCUUCUUCGUCGAAAACCCUCAAACCAGCUUCCAAAGCCCUAGGAGGUCUCCGUCUAGGGUUUCUCUCAUCCAAAACGGCCUUGAAGCCUCUCAAAGCUCGAUCCUUUCCCGGUUCAUCUCUUCGAGUUCAAGCGGUCUCUGUGCCCGCGAUUAAACCACCGACAAUGAUCGAUUUCGAGACCUCCGUGUUCAACAAGGAGAAAAUCACUCUCGCGGGUCACGAUGAGUAUAUUGUGAGAGGAGGGAGGGAUUUGUUCCCCUUGCUACCGGAUGCGUUCAAGGGUAUUAAGCAAAUUGGUGUUAUCGGCUGGGGUUCACAGGGCCCUGCUCAAGCACAAAAUUUGAGGGAUUCUUUGGGAGAAGCAAAAUCAGACAUUGUGGUCAAGAUUGGUCUUAGGAAGGGUUCUCGUUCCUCUGCCGAGGCACGGGCUGCUGGCUUUACUGAAGAGAAUGGAACCCUCGGUGACAUAUGGGAGACAAUAUCCGGCAGUGAUCUGGUGCUGCUCUUGAUUUCUGAUGCAGCACAGGCUGAUAACUAUGAGAAAGUAUUCUCUCAUAUGAAACCAAACAGCAUUCUGGGGCUUUCCCAUGGGUUUCUUCUUGGGCAUUUGCAGUCAAUUGGACUUGAUUUCCCCAAGAACAUCAGUGUGAUAGCUGUAUGUCCCAAGGGAAUGGGUCCGUCUGUUAGGAGACUGUAUGUUCAAGGGAAGCAAAUAAAUGGUGCGGGAAUCAAUUCAAGUUUUGCAGUCCACCAGGAUGUUAAUGGUAGAGCCACUGAUGUUGCCCUUGGAUGGUCAGUUGCCCUUGGUUCUCCGUUUACAUUUGCCACUACACUUGAGCAGGAAUACAAGAGUGACAUAUUUGGCGAGAGAGGUAUUUUAUUGGGUGCGGUACACGGAAUCGUUGAGACCUUGUUUAGAAGGUAUACUGAAGAUGGAAUGAGUGAAGAUUUAGCUUACAAGAAUACUGUUGAGUGCAUAACAGGGGUUAUUUCGAGAACCAUUUCAACUCAGGGCAUGCUGGCCUUGUAUAACUCGUUUUCUGAAGAUGGCAAAAAGGAGUUUGAGACUGCAUAUAGUGCUUCUUUUUAUCCCAGUAUGGAUAUAUUGUACGAGUGCUAUGAGGAUGUCGCCGCCGGAAGCGAGAUCAGGAGUGUUGUCUUGGCUGGGCGUCGCUUUUAUGAGAAGGAUGGUUUGCCAGCUUUCCCAAUGGGUAAAAUUGAUCAGACACGGAUGUGGAAAGUAGGUGAGCGUGUUCGAGCAGUACGUUCAGGAGGUGACUUGGGGCCAUUGUAUCCCUUUACAGCAGGUGUCUAUGUGGCAUUGAUGAUGGCCCAGAUUGAGGUUCUAAGGAAGAAAGGACAUUCCUACUCUGAGAUCAUCAAUGAAAGCGUUAUUGAAGCUGUGGACUCUUUGAAUCCUUUCAUGCAUGCCCGUGGAGUGUCAUUCAUGGUUGAUAACUGUUCCACCACAGCAAGGCUGGGGUCAAGGAAGUGGGCCCCACGUUUCGAUUACAUUCUCACCCAGCAGGCCUUGGUGGCAGUGGACAAUGGUGCUCCAAUCAACAGAGAUCUCAUCAGCAACUUCCUGUCUGAUCCUGUGCAUGGAGCAAUGGAGGUCUGUGCUCGCCUGAGACCUACGGUCGACAUCUCUGUACCCCCGGAUGCUGACUUUGUUCGCCCAGAGUUGCGCAGCAACUAAGUGUUGAAGAAGAACACGUGUCUGAGCCAGCUAGUUUCGAGAUGUUUUGAGGGAGAAGUCUCUGUAAUAGGAGCAUUUUAGGUUUGCCUAGUCUUGAUCUCAAUGUUAUCUAUGUCUCUCGAACCGCUUUGUUUUUGUGUUUUCUGCCUAAGGAGGUUGACAUGAUAUGCACUUUAUGUUUGUAUUUUGGGUCGUAAUCCUAUAAUAAUGUGUUCGUGUCAGUUUCGGUA